UCUUUUCGCUGUGCCCAAAAAUUCUCCCAAGGCACCAGACGAUUGUUCCAGAAAAUAGACACAGCCAGAAGGUGAAAGCUUCAAAGUUGCGCAUAGAGGAGAAGAGAUCAAAGUGCGAAAAUGUCGUCGUUUUUGCAAUCAUUUAUUGAUCCAAGGAAGAACUGGUUCGCUAAACAGCACAUGAAAGCUCUUUCCAAACGCCUUCGCAAAUAUGGCCUUAGAUACGACGAUCUUUACGAUCCCUACUACGAACUGGACAUCAAGGAGGCGCUUAAUCGGCUCCCUAGAGAGAUUGUGGAUGCUCGUAACCAGCGCCUCAAGCGCGCCAUGGACCUCUCCAUGAAGCACGAGUACCUUCCCGAGGACCUACAGGCCAUGCAAACCCCUUUCAGGAGCUACCUUCAAGAUAUGCUGGCACUUGUGAAGAAGGAAAGAGCUGAACGUGAGGCUUUGGGAGCUUUGCCGCUCUAUCAGCGCACCAUUCCUUGAGAGCUUCAUAGCAUUCCUUUGUAGCUUUUGCUUAUGGGAGUUAAUUUCUUGUUGAAAGUUUACUUUUAUGUGGUAUAUUGUUUUACCGUAGCUGGAGGGUGAUGGAUUAUGCAUCUGCUUUAUAAAUUUGUUAUUCCAAUCAUUUGUCCCAGAGGUUGAAUUGUGUUAGUACAUGGUUAUCUUGUACUGGCAGUUAUCUAAAUAAUCAAGCAGAACCAAAUUUGAAAUUUCAA